AUGUCGUCCCUAUCUCGCGUUCUCCGUGGCACCACCUCCUUCAACAGUUCCAUGAUCCGCCGCAUUUCCUCCUCCGCCACCACCGCAAGCACGGAAAUCACGGCCGCGAUCGCUCCACCGAAAAAUUCACUCAGCAGUAUCGUGAAUGACGAGCGAAACCCCAAACGGAUGGUGGAGAAGUUCAAGAAGGCGUGUGAGUCGGAGCGGUUCCGGGCUAACAUAGCCGUGUACGAUCGAACCGUGCGCCGUCUCGUCGCCGCAAAGAGAUUGCAUUUUGUCAAAGAGAUUUUGGAGGAGCAGAACAAGUAUCGCGACAUGUCAAAGGAAGGAUUCGCGGCGAGGAUCAUUUCCCUUUACGGAAAAGCCGGAAUGUUUGAAAACGCCCAGAAGGUGUUCGACGAAAUGCCAGAGAAAAACUGCAAGAGGUCAGUGCGGUCCUUCAAUGCCUUGCUUAGUGCGUAUGGGCUUUCCAAAAAAUUCGAUUUGGUUGAACAGCUUUUCUAUGAUUUGCCAGACAAGCUAUUAAUCGAACCAGAUAUCGUAUCUUACAAUACUUUGAUCAAGGCAUUGUGUGAGAAGGGCUCCUUCUCAGAAGCUGUGGCAUUGCUUGAUGUGAUUGAGAACGAGGGUUUGAAACCUGAUAUAAUCACAUUCAACACACUUUUGUUAUCGUCAUAUUUGAAGGGACAGUUUGAGCAAGGGGAAGAGAUAUGGGCUAAAAUGGUGCAGAAGAAUGUAGCGAGAGACAUCAGAACUUACAAUGCUCGGUUGCUUGGAUUAGCCAACGAGGCGAAAUCAGAAGAUCUAGUAAAUCUCUUUGAAGAAAUGAAGGCUAGUGAGAUCAAACCUGAUGUUUUCAGCUUCAAUGCUAUGAUUAGAGGGUCAAUCAACCAAGGAAAAAUGGACGAAGCCAAAUCGUGGUACAGAGAAAUUGUGAAGCACGGUUAUCGUCCUGAUAAAGCUACCUUUGCUUUACUGCUUCCUGCAAUGUGUAAAGCUGGCGACUUUGGGUCUGCGAUGGAGCUCUGCAAGGAGGCAUUCAGUAAGCGUUAUCUUGUCGGUCAAGCAACAUUGCAGCAGUUGGUAGAUGAAUUGGUAAGAGGGUCCAAGAGAGGAGAAGCUGAGGAGAUUGUGGAGAUGGCAAAGACCAAUGAUUUCUUAAAGAUGAAGCUAGAUUUGUCGUCUCAGGAGGAGUAGUAAGUGGUUCAUUGUCACUAGUGUCUGGUUGCAUUGUGUGAGAGAACCCUUGGCGCUAUUUUUUUGCUUUGUGGCUUCUGUAGUUCUUUCAACUUUUUCUAUUGUGGAAGAGAAAACACACGUCUCUUUCCAUGUAAUUUCGGUUAUUUCACUAUGGCAGAAAUAAUGGCAGGUAGUCGAGGUUUAAGCAGG